CUUACGCACCAUUUAAGAGCAAUUUUCUACAGAUGGGAAAAGUCAGAGAUGGCGACACCAUACAUUCUGCGAUGACGACGGAAGCUCGACACUUCAUUUAUUGCUUAAUCAAUUCGAUUUCGAGUGCGGAGCGGACGGCGGAUGGGAGCUAUGGUGGCUGAAAGUGCAAAUGGUUCGAACGACGACGCUCGAUCUCCUCUGUUGGAGAGGCUGAAUCGCGGCGGCAGCGGUCGGCGCCUCAGUCGCCGCAACUCCGUCAAUUCGCUCCGGAGCGAUUUCGUCUCCAGGCUGCCGGAUAAAGUGCGCGCAGCUGUUGACCCUGAGUUUCCCGCUCGUGUUGAUUUUUCCAGAGCAAAAGGUUUGAGCAAAGGGGAAAGGGAAUACUAUGAAAGACAGUUCGAAACCUUGAGAUCAUUCGAGGAGGCUGAUGCUGCAGCAUUUUGUGACGAUCUGGAAGAUCCAGAAGAGCUGGCGCACCAUGAGAGAGCGAUGAAGAUCUCCAAUUAUGCCAACAUGUUGCUGCUCGUCUUCAAGGUCUAUGCGACAAUAAAGACCGGAUCGCUAGCCAUCGCUGCAUCCACCCUCGAUUCAUUACUCGAUCUAAUGGCCGGGGGGAUCCUAUGGUUCGCGCAUCUCUCCAUGCAAAACAUUAACAUUUACAAGUAUCCGAUCGGGAAGUUGAGGGUGCAGCCUGUCGGCAUUAUUGUCUUCGCUGCAGUUAUGGCAACUCUUGGCUUUCAGGUGUUUGUCCAGGCCGCAGAACAGCUUGCGGAAGAUAAACAAACCGAGAAAAUGACAUCAAAUCAGUUGAUAUGGCUUUAUUCGAUUAUGCUAUCCGCGACGGUUGUGAAACUUGCUCUGUGGCUUUAUUGCAGAAGUUCUGGGAAUGAAAUAGUCCGCGCCUACGCAAAGGACCAUUACUUCGACGUGGUGACGAAUGUGGUAGGACUGGUUGCAGCUGUCCUGGGCGAUAAACUCGCCUGGUGGAUUGAUCCAGUCGGCGCCAUUAUCCUUGCAGUCUACACGAUAUUAAAUUGGUCCGGAACUGUUCUCGAAAACGCAGCAUCGUUGGUGGGUCGAUCAGCAUCGCCUGAAGUAUUGCAGAAACUAACGUAUUUAGUCACGAGGCAUCACCCUCAAAUCAAGCACAUCGACACAGUCCGGGCUUACACCUUUGGAGUGCUGUAUUUCGUAGAGGUCGAUAUUCAACUACCCGAAGAGCUGCCUCUGAAAGAAGCACACAACAUCGGAGAGAGUCUACAGGUGAAGAUUGAAAAGCUCCCCGAAGUCGAAAGGGCUUUCGUGCAUCUGGAUCACGAAUGCCACCACAAACCCGAGCACUCGGUCCUCAGCCGACUCCCCAACACCGAGCCAUGAGGUA